AUGAGGUCACGAAGCUCUGAAUCCCCAAUUUCAUCCAAUAGCAGCAGCCAUGUUUUCAGGUGUGGAUUAAGACCAAAAUUGAUGAUUUGUUGGUGGGAUGAUAAUUCUGGAAGAAGAUUCUAUGGUUGUAUAAGAUGGACGAAAAUUCACUUUGCUGAUGCUGUAAGAAUGUGGUUGUAUUUGCAAAAGCCAGAUAUGUGUAAAUAUUUUGAAUCACUUGAUGAACCAAUCCAUGCAAGAAGAAGAAGCAUAAUACCUGGUUUGCUGAAAAGGGUAAAUCAGAUGGAGGAAACAAUUCAAAAAAGUCGAAGAAGGGAAAAGAUUAUGAUUUGUAUUAUCCUGAUGUUGGCUAUGCUACUUAUGAUAUCUGUUACUGGAAAAAAGAGGGGACAUACAAUAGAGGAAAAGUUGGAACAAAGCUUGGAGUGA